AUGUUUGCCCCUGCUGAGCGUCUAAGGGCGGAUACAAAACUGAUUGGGAAAUCGGCAGUCUCGCUGUUCGCCGAAGACUAUCAAUCACUCGUUUACUGUCAGAAGGAGGAUCCCCCUCGUCAGCAAGCCACCAACCUUGCCGUCAACAGCAGCCUCUGCAUGUCAAAAUCUCGCCGAACCUCCGCUGUGUCUCAGAAGGACGUUGCAGAACCAGUCAACCUCUUCCGGCAACAGCAUCGACACCUGCUUCAGUGUCUGCAAGCAGUAACGGUGCGUUUUGCAGACUAA